GUCAACAUCAGGGGAGCCAGGUGGACGAGAGGCGCAAACUCAGAGUCAAAGCCUCUUGGGCUUCUAUUAGUAUUAGCUAGGCACUUCAGAUGUGGCCCCUUCUUGUGGCGUGCAGGUUGCCAUGGAGACGUUCUCUGCUAGCAUAGCUGGAUGUGUCUGCGCAAGAGGCCGGCCUCUGUUCCAGCUGCGCGGUUCCUGACGUCAAGAGGGUAUUUCACCUGGCGCUCUAUUGUAGUCCUUAAAUGAUGACACAGAAGGUUAUGUAGGCUGGGCAGCAAUGGGGGAGCAGUCUGGCAGCUGGUCGCUCGAGGAUUUACUCGAGGGAGGGGACAUCAGCCGGACGCUGAGUGGACGGUCUGCUGAGCACAGCGGAAGGACCGUCACGCACGAUGCUCAGAGCGUAAGGGCAAACGAGGGCAGCAGCUCAGAAUUCCAGCAUUUAGGGACGAGAGAUGGACCGAUAGGGCGGACCGUAGGUGGUGGUCUGGAGGUGGGAAUUGGUCCCGAGCAAGGGGUGCCCGUUCUUUUGAAUGGGUCAGGGUAUCUGCCUGGGCCGGGGUCCUACGGUUUUGGGCAUGAUGCUAGGAACGGGGAGCACCAUCCUGGUCACAUCAACUCUCACAAGACGGGUGCUGACGUCAGCAAUCAUGAAGAGGGAAUUGAGAUGCCCCCAGACAAGGUGGUCAAAGCUUAUACGGAGAAGCAACGGUUGCCAAAAAGCGACGCUCUUCUCAGCGCUCCUGCUGCGAACGGCACCGCAAAGGAAUGGGAGAGAGUGCACGGGCCGCAGCCCUCGAGCGGCCUGGCGGCGACCCUUGGCAGGCAGGCGGCACGCCAGCUCAUCCUGCUCGCACUCCUGCUCCGUGAUGUAAUCAUGGGCCUCAUGGGGGCUUCUGCGCACCUUUGGGGGCUGCUCAGGCAGCGGAAGAAGCGCUCGUUUCGGGCGUGGGUCGUCUUCGUCCUGCGAACGGUCAGGGAAGGGGCACUGGAGACGGUUCAAAGCCUGGGGGCCUGUGCGAACAACUUCGGGGCUUAUUCGCAUCGGAGGGUGAAAGUGUGGGCUGAAGUGUAUGGGAAGCAGCUGCCGCAGCCAGUGCAGGAGGCGGCAAGGCAGAUUGUGGGGCAGGGGUCCCUGGCAAUUCGGCGGUGUGAAAAGGCCCUUGACGGGGUGUAUGACUGGGGACAGGGCCAGUUGGCGGGGAAGCGGAAUCGUACGCCAAAGCCCCGGCACAAAAGCGGAGGCGGCGCCUUUACAGUCCUGAUGGCAUUCCUAGUGUCUCUUCUGACCCUGCGCCUGAGUUGGAACCUCCUCGCACUGAGUGGGGGGGCCCUUCGCCCAGCCGUUCCAGCCCCCCCGGACCCGUUCGACGUCGUAUACAUCCUCCAACAACUAGAGCAAGAGACUGCCGCCAGUAUGGGGUGGGGCCCCGGAGAGGAGGAAGAGACGCGGAAGGAAGAGGUGGAACGGGUCUCGAUCCACGAUCUGAUGGUACUGAAAGAGCUGAAUGAACGGAAGGAACGAUUGGCGAUAACUAGAGCGGCGGAGGAAAGGGAGAAGGCGGCGAGGGUUGCGGAGGAGCAAGGGGUUGCUGCUGCGGACUCUAAAAGGAAGGGAGUAGGGGGGAGCGGAAUGGGGAGCCAAGUCGGGGUGGGGAAGACUGCGGGCGGGAAGAAGGGGCGAUAUUUCGGGUGGUUGGAUAAAGGGGGGGAGGAAGUGAUCUGGGAAGCGCCCGCGUUUUCGGAGCAGACGCACCUGCGGCUGCGGCACGGGAAUGCAAUUCCUCGGAUGGGGUUCGGAACCGCGGGGCUGGGCAAUCAAACCAAGCAGGCGGUCUUAUGGGCGAUCGAAGCUGGCUACAGGUUGUUCGACUCGGCGACUGCGCGGGAGUGGUACCGCCAGGACGAGUUGGGAGCUGCCAUCAAGGAGAGCGGGAUCCCUCGAGACCACCUGUUUCUGGUAACGAAGAUCCAUCCCCGGGACAUGACGAUCCAGGGCACGAAAGCCGCGCUAGCGGGCGCUUUGAAGGACCUCCAAACCGACUACGUAGACUUAGCGUUGCUGCACUACCCGCGCUGCUUCGAGCAACUAGAGGGGUGCUACAAGAACGGGAAGGUCGUCCCAGGUUCCUGGAUGGACGGUUGGACGGCUCUGGAGAAUCUGUACUGGGAGGGCAAGGUGCGGGCCUUGGGGGUGAGCAACUUCGACAUGCGAGAAGCGGGCGCUGUUUGCCGCUUCGCUUCCAACAAGAUACAACCGCACGUCUUCCAGGCGAACUCCGACCUGAUUACCAGCAACGCAAGAAUACGAAGGUGGGCCAUUUACAAGCGCAUGCUGUUCAUGGGCUACAGCACGCUGGGUAACCAGUGGGUUUCGCAGGGUUACGAGCCUAACCCGGUCCUCUUCAACCCGGUCGUUGAGAGGAUUGCCAAGCUCCGCAACUGCACCGCGGCGCAAGUGGCACUGCGGUGGGCGCUCAAUUGGGACCAGGUAAUCAUUCCCCGGUCACACACCCGGGAGCACAUCUUCGAGAACUUCCGGGUGUUUCAGGGGGAGUGCGAGGUUGACGGGGCGGAGAUGCACGCUUUGAACGCCCUAGAGAAAAUGGGGGUGGAUCGGGUGAUGGAGACAUAUGAGGCGACGCAUCAGAGCUGAAAGUGGGGGCACGCGGGCGGAGGGUUUGUUUCGGCACUGUUAAAAUUAUUUGCGACCGGCUUUUUAAAAAGGUACUAACCAAGGUGAUUAACCCGGCUUGUCAGUGAGCGCCUCUUCAUCGGGAUAUGCUAAUCAAACACGUGUUUGACGGUCAUGAAGCGCAUCUGGCAGAUUGAUUCCUGACAGAAGAAAGCUGUGGCAGGAGGAUUCUUAUAUCAAGUUAGAUGUAUUCCGGCCUUCUCAUGGUAACUGUUUAGCAGACCGUACAUGGUCGGCCGUCUUGC